AUGAAGGACAGAAUGCCACCUGUCCAGUCCAGAUACACUCCUACUCUAUUAGAUGUGUCUGAUCUGAGGAUCGUUCUUCUGGGUAAAACAGGAUCAGGAAAAAGUGCAACAGGAAACACUAUACUAGGAAGAAAAGCCUUUGAAGUUGAUGAUUUUAUCAAAUCUACCAAUACAUUGUGUGAGAAACAGGUAGGAGUGGUUGGUGGAAAGACCAUCUCUAUAAUAGACACUCCAGGACUGUUUAACACAGCUAUGGAUAAACAACAAGUGAAAGCUGAAAUAGAAAAGUCUAUAGAGAUGUCCUCUCCUGGUCCUCAUGUGUUUCUGCUGGUGCUAAAGCUGGGAGUGAGAUUCACAAAAGAGGAGAGAGACACGGUGCAAUGGAUUCAGGAGAACUUUGGAGAAGAAGCUUUGCACCGUACCAUCGUUCUGUUCACUCACGCUGAUCUGCUGAAGGGAAAACCUCUGGACGAGUACAUUGAGAAAAGCAAAUAUUUACUGAAAAUUGUUGAGAGCUGUGGAGGCAGAUAUCACUCAUUCAACAAUGAGGACAGAAACAAUCAAGAUCAGGUCACAGAACUUCUGAAGAAGAUCAACUCAGUGAUGAAGAAAAAUGAAAUGAUGCAUUACAGUUUUGAGAUGUUUAAAACCACUCAGAUGAAGAAGGAAGGAAAUUGGGCAAAGACAUGUGCAGUUGCAGUUGCAGGGCUUGGAUUUCUAGGAGCAGUUACAAUAGUGACCCUCAUUGUCUAUUAUAAGUAG